UCAUAGCAGGUGUAUCAUUUAUUGCUGGAACCAUGAUAGGUUCUGGGAUUUUCAUCUCCCCCCAGUACGUGCUGGCUGCUAUCGGCAGCCCUGGGGCAAGCUUUGUAAUCUGGACUUGCUGUGGGUUGAUAUCCAUGUUGGGAGGGCUCUGCUACGCUGAACUGGGAACAGUCAUACCAGAGUCUGGAGGACAGUUUAUCUACAUGCUGCGGACGACAGGGAAAAUGGUGGCCUUUAUGUUUUAUUUCAGCUUCAUCGUGGCCAUGAGACCUACCAUUGCAACAUAAAUUGCUCUGAGUUUUGCUGAAUAUGCUGUUGCCCCCUUCUACAGCGGCUACACCCCCUCCAAUAGUGGUGGUAAAAGUAAAAGUUUUACAACUUCAGUCGAGUUAAUAAAAAAUCUAAGGAAUACUUUGAGCCCUUUUUAUUAUCUUUGGAUUACAUUCUUCAGGUGUCUCUGUUACAUCUGCAGUGUUUUCCCAAUCAUCGCUCCGAUAUGACCAUGACGGACAAAGAACCUAAAGCCCUGAAAAUGAGGCGGGAAAUUGGGCUGAUUGGUGGUGUAGCACUAGUAUCAGGAACCAUGAUCGGAUCCGGGAUAUUCAUGUCCCCUCAGUUUAUAAUGGGCUACGUUGGAAGCCCUGGAGCAAGUCUGGUGAUCUGGGCUCUCUCUGGAGUUGUAGCUAUGUUUGCAGCACUGUCCUAUGCAGAGCUUGGGACAAUCAUCCAGGAAUCUGGUGGAGAAUUCAUCUACAUACUGAGGAUCUAUGGUUCAUGCCCUGCUUUUUUUGCAGCAAUCACUUUUGUUGUGGUUGUGAAGCCGUUUGGCAUUGCAGCAAUGGCGAUUAGCAUUGCAGAAUAUGCUCUAGCACCCUUUUACAACAGCUGCCAACCUCCUGAUCUGGUAGUGAAGUGUGUUGCAGCUGUGGCUAUACUGGUCGUUGCCAUAGUAAACAUCUUGAAUUCCCGGAUUGCCGUCAGAAUCCAAGUGGUGUUCUUGGUGGCCAAAGUGCUGGUGUUGACAUUUAUUGUUAUCGGAGGAAUAGUGAAGCUCAUACAGAGCAGCAGUGUCAUUGUGGAAAAUUUGAAAGUUGAGAAUGCAUUUAAAGGCACUCAGUACUCUUUGAGCACUCUGGGAAUGGGUGUUUAUCAAGGACUCUGGUCUUACGCUGGGUGGUACAACUUGAACUAUGUCACUGAGGAGCUAAAAAGACCUGAGGUGAAUCUCCCCAGGGCGGUUGUGAUAGCCAUUUCUCUGGUGACUGGCUUAUACCUGCUGGUGAAUGUGAGCUACCUGACGGUUAUGACUCCAAAAGAGCUCAUGUCCUCAAGCGCUGUAGCAGUAACCUGGGGGAACAAAGUGUUAGGAAGCUGGGGCUGGACCAUGUCUGUGGCCGCAGCGUUGUCUGCUUUCGGCUCACUGAACGGAACGUUCUUCAGUGGGGGCCGUGUGUGCUUUGUUGCUGCCAGGGAAGGUCACCUGCCAGAUAUCCUAGCCAUGGCUCACGUCCGCAGACUGACUCCAUCUCCAGCGCUGAUCUUUACCACCGUGGUCUCUCUUCUGGUGCUGAUCCCCGGAGACUUCCAGAGCAUUGUCAACUUCUUCAGUUUCACUGCCUGGUUUUUCUAUGGCAUCACCCUCUCUGGACUUGUCUAUCUCAAGAUUAAGAAGCCGGAGCUCCCCAGGCCAUACAAGGUUCCCAUUAUACUCCCAGUCCUGGUCAUCAUUGUGGCAAUAUUCCUUGUUCUUGCACCCAUCCUAGACAACCCUCAGAUAGAAUACCUCUAUGUGUCUUUAUUUAUCCUCAGUGGAGCUAUAGUGUACGUUCCCUUCAUCCAUUUCAAGCUCUGCCCAGGGUUGCUGACCAAGCUAACAGUGUUCCUGCAGCUCUUCUUAGAGGUGGCCCCGACAGAGAAAAACCUGUGAUAUUGGUGGAAGA